CUCGCACACAUCGCCAUGGGGUCUCUCACCGCCGCGGCCGCCGUGCCCGCGCAAAAGCACUUCGCACUCACCCACAUUGUCUACGACGCGUCGCCGCUCGGCGCGCUGCUCGCGCUGCUCAGCCUCUCCCCGAUCUUCCUGUUCGUCGCGUACUUUGCGCUCGUGGUCUUCGGGCGCCGCCUCUCCCUCCUCCUCCUCGCGGCGGGCAGCGUCGCCAACGAAGCGCUCAGCCUCGCGCUCAAGCGCGCGCUGCGUGCGCCCAGGCCGUUCCCGCACCUCGCGCACGUCGGGCACGGGUACGGCAUGCCGAGCAGCCAUGCGCAGGCUGGCGCGUUUGUGCUUGCUUGGGGCGUCGGGUAUGCGAUGUCGCUCGACGCGCGGUAUAGCCGCGCGGCGGGUGCGCGGGGGCAGCGCGCGGAGGCUAUGCGGCGCGUGCGGGUGGGGAUAUAUCUGUUUGGGUUGGCGGCGUGGUCGGUUGCUGUUGCUUAUUCUCGAUACGCGCUGCGAUACCACUCCAUACCCCAGAUCGCGGCGGGGUACGCUGUCGGCCUCGUCGCCGGCGCCGCGUGGUACGUUCUGACCGAACAUAUCGCCCGUACUGCGCCCGAGUCCAUCCCCGGCCGUAUCCGGCGCUCCAUCGAGUGGUUGUGGAUCGGCCUCGGCGGGAUAGGGGGGUGGCAGCUCGGCGGGGCCGAGGGCGGUUGGCUCGAGGGGUGGAUGUUUGGCGUGCACGACGCCGAGCACAUCGAGCGCAAGGCGCAGUAGAUUAUAGAGUCUGCACAUAGAUGCAUGCAACAGAGGACAACGUUU